AUGGGAAAGAAACUGGAGCGCAGCGACGUUUGCCGAGUGCCGGAGAACAUCAAUUUCCCCGCCGAGGAGGAGAACGUACUGCAGCAGUGGCGUGCCGAAAAUAUCUUUGAAAAAUGCAGCCAGCUGUCGAAGGGAAAGCCCAAAUACACUUUCUACGAUGGACCGCCCUUCGCCACUGGGCUGCCCCACUACGGACACAUCCUGGCCGGCACCAUCAAGGACAUCGUCACGCGGUACGCCUACCAGCAGGGAUACCAUGUGGACCGUCGAUUCGGCUGGGAUUGCCAUGGCCUGCCCGUGGAGUUCGAGAUCGACAAGUUGCUGAACAUCCGGGGUCCCGAGGACGUGGCCAAGAUGGGAAUUGCCGCUUACAACGCGGAGUGCCGGAAGAUCGUUAUGAGGUACGCCGAUGAGUGGGAGAACGUGGUGACGCGCGUGGGUCGCUGGAUCGACUUCAAGAACGACUACAAGACCUUGUACCCUUGGUACAUGGAGUCCAUUUGGUGGAUCUUCAAGCAACUGUUCGACAAGGGUCUGGUCUACCAGGGCGUAAAGGUGAUGCCCUACUCCACCGCCUGCACAACGUCGCUGUCCAACUUUGAGGCCAACCAGAACUAUAAGGAGGUCGUGGACCCUUGUGUGGUGAUUGCCCUGGAGGCCGUUUCGCUGCCCAAUACAUUCUUCCUGGUGUGGACCACCACGCCAUGGACACUGCCCUCCAACUUUGCGUGCUGCGUUCACCCGACUAUGACCUAUGUGAAGGUGCGCGACGUGAAGAGCGACAGAUUCUUCGUUCUCGCCGAGUCGCGCCUCUCUUACGUCUACAAGACGGAGGCGGAGUAUGAGGUAAAGGACAAGUUUGCAGGCAAAACCUUAAAGGAUCUGCACUACAAGCCGCUGUUCCCGUACUUCGAGAAACGCGGAGCAGAAGUGAAAGCUUACCGCGUCCUGGUCGACGAGUACGUCACCGAGGAUUCCGGAACGGGUAUCGUGCAUAAUGCGCCGUACUUCGGCGAGGACGAUUAUCGCGUAUGCCUGGCGGCGGGACUCAUCACAAAGUCUAGCGAGGUGCUCUGCCCAGUCGACGAGGCUGGACGGUUCACCAAGGAGGCCAGCGACUUUGAGGGCCAGUACGUGAAGGACGCUGACAAGCAAAUCAUGGCUGCGUUGAAGGCUCGGGGAAACUUGGUUUCCAGCGGCCAGGUGAAGCAUAGCUACCCAUUCUGCUGGCGGUCAGACACCCCGCUAAUAUAUAAGGCUGUGCCUUCUUGGUUUGUGCGUGUCGAGCACAUGUCAAAAAAUCUGCUGGACUGCAGUUCCCAAACGUACUGGGUUCCCGACUUCGUGAAGGAAAAACGAUUUGGCAACUGGCUGAAAGAGGCUAGAGAUUGGGCUAUCUCCCGCAAUCGCUACUGGGGUACGCCGAUUCCUAUCUGGAGGUCUCCCAAUGGGGAUGAGACCGUGGUUAUUGGCAGCAUCAAGCAGUUGUCCGAGCUGUCUGGCGUUCAGGUUGAGGAUCUGCAUCGUGAAAGCAUCGAUCACAUUGAGAUACCAUCAGCAGUUCCCGGAAACCCGCCACUGCGUCGUAUAGCUCCUGUUUUUGAUUGCUGGUUUGAAUCUGGUUCAAUGCCUUUCGCACAACAGCACUUCCCGUUCGAGAACGAGAAGGACUUCAUGAACAAUUUCCCGGCCGACUUCAUAGCAGAGGGCAUAGAUCAGACUCGAGGCUGGUUCUACACGCUCCUUGUGAUUUCGACGGCACUGUUUAACAAGGCACCGUUCAAGAACCUUAUUGCUAGUGGGUUGGUUUUGGCCGCUGAUGGCCAGAAGAUGUCGAAGCGCAAGAAGAACUAUCCCGAUCCCAUGGUGGUUCAUAAAUAUGGAGCGGAUGCCCUCCGACUGUACCUAAUCAAUUCGCCCGUGGUGAGCGAAAGUCUGCGCUUUAAGGAAGAAGGUGUACGCGACAUCAUCAAGGAUGUAUUUUUGCCCUGGUACAAUGCUUACCGUUUCUUACUGCAAAACAUCGUGCGCUAUGAGAAGGAGGACUUGGCCGGAAAAGGACAAUACAUUUAUGAGCGUGAACGCCAUUUGAAUAAUAUGGAUAAGGCAUCCGUAAUUGAUGUGUGGAUUUUGUCCUUUAAAGAGUCUUUGUUGGAGUUCUUUGCCACCGAGAUGAAAAUGUAUCGCCUGUACACAGUCGUGCCCAGGCUGACGAAGUUUAUUGAUCAACUAACCAACUGGUAUGUGCGUCUUAACCGCCGUCGUAUCAAGGGUGAAUUGGGAGCUGAGCAAUGCAUCCAAUCACUGGACACCCUGUACGAUGUUCUAUACACAAUGGUUAAAAUGAUGGCUCCUUUCACGCCCUAUCUUACGGAAUACAUAUAGAGGUUGGCAUUGUUCCAGCCACCGGGCUCCCUGGAGCACGCUGACUCUGUUCACUACCAGAUGAUGCCCGUUAGUCAGAGCAAGUUUAUUCGAAGCGAUAUUGAACGCUCGGUUGCUUUGAUGCAAUCAGUCGUCGAACUGGGUCGUGUAAUGCGGGAUCGAAGAAUGCCCGUUAAGUAUCCAGUUUCGGAGAUCAUCGUUAUUCACAAGGAUCCACAAACCCUCGAAGCUAUUAAGAGUUUGCAGGACUUCAUUCUAAGCGAACUUAAUGUUCGCAUAACGCUGAGCUCCGAUAAGGAAAAGUAUGGUGUCUCAUUGAGAGCAGAGCCUGACCACAAGGCGCUGGGGCAGCGGCUUAAGGGCAAUUUCAAGGCGGUUAUGGCCGCAAUUAAGGCUCUGAAGGAUGAUGAAAUUCAGAAGCAUGUUUCGCAGGGUUACUUCAACAUCCUGGAUCAAAGAAUAGAACUCGACGAAGUUCGCAUAAUUUACUGCACCUCUGAGCAAGUGGGAGGAAACUUUGAAGCCCACAGCGACAAUGGUUUGGUGCUGUUGGACAUGACGCCAAACGAAGAGUUGCUUGAAGAAGGCUUGGCUCGUGAGGUUAUUAACCGAGUCCAGAAAUUGAAGAAGAAGGCUCAACUUAUACCGACUGAUCCAGUUCUUAUUUUCCAUGAGCUUACUGCCGACCAAAAAGCUAAGAAGGAAAUCCUUGCUCAGGCUCAGCUUACAAAAGUUCUAGCUAGCUAUGCAAGUAUGAUCAAGACGGCUGUUAAAUCUGAGUUUGCUCCAUAUUCAUCUGAGCAGGCAUCCAAGAAACGGUUAAUAGCUAGCGAGCUUGUUGAUCUCAAAGGAGUUCCCUUAAAGUUGACCAUUUGCUCCACCGAGGAAUUGCAGCUUCCUAGUCUGCCUUGGUUAAAUGUAACCUUGGCCGAAGACCUUGACCCACGAUUUGGAAACAGCAAUAAAGGGUCUCUAUUUCUGCAGCACAAUGUUACUAAGGAGAUUAUCUCACUGCCUAAUCUUCGCAGCGAGCUAGAGCAUCUGUUUGGCCUAUAUGGAGUCAACUUCAUUAUCUAUGUUGUAGACCAGCAAAAUAAGAUUACCGAAUUGAAGUCCAUCGAUAAGAACCUCAGUGGAAAGUUGUUGGUUCUAGCUCGCAGCCAGGACGCACUGAAACAGUCAGCGGGCUACAAAAUAUCCCCGGCUCCUUAUUCUAAAUUUGUGAACCAGCCUUCAGGAAAUGUUAUCUUUACGGAGAACCCCUUGGGACGCAUCUUAUGUUAAACUCUGUACUUUUUGGUAUUUAAUGGAAAACGAAAAUAAAAUAUACGCUGUCAACUUUUUUAAAAAGUUGUAAGGCAUUUUUACCGACAUGAAA